CUGUAUCAGCUAGGAAAACGAUCUAUGAAAAAUGGCGGCGUGGUCCCUCUCAGAUUUUAGGUUUCAGGCUUUCAGAAAAUAAUUUAUUUAUUUAUCUUAUACUGCAAGAAAUGGAUGUCCAAAAACAUUCGGUACACACAUUAGUGUUCCGUUCUUUAAAAAGAACACAUGACAUGUUUCUAUCCAAUCAAGGAACUUUACCACCAAUGGAUCCCAUUUUACAGCAAUCAAAGAAAGCUAUAAAAGCGAAAGACAGUUACGGUCCAGUGUUGGAACGUGUGAAGCAAAAUAAUAUAACCAAAGUGCAGCAAGAUAAUAACAUUGCAGAUCCUCCACCACCAGGAGAUGAAACUUUUGAAGCUAACAUGACGGCAGUUGUUCCUUACAAUAUAACACAAGCAAACACAGGAGUAGUUGCAACAGUAACAGGGGGAGGAGGUAACACAAGUAGCAGCGCGCUAAUGGCGCCUCAGAAAAAAACGCCUUCAAUGGCUAAACCCAAAUGGCACGCGCCUUGGAAAUUAUAUAGAGUUAUUAGCGGUCACCUCGGAUGGGUGCGAUGUUGCGCUGUCGAACCUGGAAACGAAUGGUUCGCCACCGGUUCAGCUGAUAGAGUGAUCAAAAUAUGGGAUCUCUCAAGCGGAAAACUGAAAGUUUCCUUAACUGGUCACAUAAGCAGCGUGCGCGGUCUUGCCUUUUCCCAAAGGCAUCCUUAUCUGUUUUCCUGCGGCGAGGACCGUCAAGUUAAAUGCUGGGACCUUGAAUAUAACAAGGUAAUCAGACAUUAUCAUGGACAUUUGUCGGCCGUAUAUUCUAUGGCGUUGCAUCCCACCGUGGACGUUCUCGUAACAGCGGGACGAGAUUCUACGGGAAGAGUAUGGGACAUGCGUACGAAGGCGAAUGUCCAUACACUCGUCGGGCAUACUAACACGGUAGCCAGUGUAAUUUGCCAAUCAGCUGAACCGCAAAUCGUGACUGGCAGUCACGACUGCACAAUUCGUUUGUGGGACUUGGCUGCUGGAAAGUCCAGAGCCACUCUAACGAAUCAUAAAAAGAGCGUUAGAGCCUUGAGCUUUCAUCCAUCCCUGUAUAUGUUCGCCUCGGCAUCGCCAGACAAUAUUAAACAGUGGAAAUGUCCGGAAGGAAAAUUCAUUCAAAACUUGUCCGGUCACAACGCCAUAGUUAAUUGUUUAGCUGUGAACGCCGAUGGGGUUUUAGUAUCCGGUGCUGACAAUGGUACUAUGCAUCUUUGGGACUGGAGAACUGGAUACAAUUUUCAACGACUCCAAGCGCCUGUUCAACCUGGUUCAAUGGAUAGCGAAGCUGGAAUAUUCAGCAUCACAUUUGACAUGUCAGGCACUCGCAUGAUUACAACAGAGGCUGACAAGACUAUAAAAUUAUAUAAAGAGGAUGAUACUGCGAGUGAAAAAACACAUCCGAUCGAUUGGAGACCAGACAUCAUAAAGCGACGAAAAUAUUAAGAAUCCUCAUUUAUGUGUUUAAUUUAAAAAGGAUUUCCUAUUUUUUACACUACACUGCUUAAUAUAAAUUUUAUGUAUUUUAAAUAAAUUUCAAAAAUUGUAAAUAGAUAUCCAGGGAUAUUUUAAA